UGUCAUUUCAUCUCCUCUCCUGAUAUCCUCAGGCACUGUGAAAGGGACAUGUGGCAGAGGAAUCAGACUUCUCUGGAAGACUUCAUCCUUGAGGGACUUUUUGAUGACUCUCUGCUCCACCUUUUUCUCUUCUCCUUCACCAUGGUAGUCUUCCUUAUUGCAGUGAGUGGCAACAGCCUCACCAUUCUCCUCAUCUGUGCCGACCCCCGGCUUCACACACCCAUGUACUUCCUGCUCAGCCAGCUCUCCCUCAUGGACCUGAUGCACGUCUCCACAACCAUCCCCAAGAUGGCUGCCAACUACCUAUCUGGCAAGAAGUCCAUCUCCUUUGUGGGCUGUGCAGUCCAGCACUUCCUGUACUUGUUUGUGGGUGGUGCUGAGUGCAUUCUCCUGGCUCUCAUGUCCUAUGACCGCUAUGUUGCCAUCUGUCAUCCACUGCGUUAUUCUGUGCUCAUGAGCAGAAACGUGGCGAUGAUGAUGGCUGUUGUGUCAUGGCUGGGGGCAGCCACUAACUCCCUAGUUCAGACAGUUAUCUUGAUGUGUUUGCCUUAUUGUGGAUCUCGGAAGAUUCAACAUUUCUACUGUGACUGCCCAGCAGUUGUGAAGUUGGUAUGUGGUGACAUCACUAUUUAUGAGACCGCAUUGUACUUCAGCAGCAUCAUACUUCUCCUUCUCCCCAUCAUCCUGGUUUGUACGUCCUAUGGCUUCAUCCUCCACACUGUCAUCCAGAUGCGUUCAGCCGGCAGUAAGAGGAAUGCUUUUGCCACUUGUAGCUCUCACCUCACUGUGGUGUUCCUCUGGUUUGGUGCCUGUAUCUUUUCCUACAUGAGGCCUAGGUCCCAGAGAACUCCACUUCAAGACAAAAUCGGUUCUGUGUUCUACAGCAUCGUCACUCCCACUCUGAAUCCUCUGAUUUACACUCUCCGGAAUAAGGAUGUAGCCAAGGCUUUGAAGAAAGUGCUGCGGAGGGAUACUAUCACCCAAUGAAAGCAAGUGUAGUUGUUGCCCUGCUUGUGAAGUGGAACAGGAUGAGCUUCUUCAAUUGUUCUACAGAAACCCCUAAGAUUUUUCAACAAUCCAUGUCACAGAUACUGUUUGACUGCUCCAGUAGAGAGGUAAAGCUCAGGGCCUUGUGUCAGC